AUCAGCCACCCCUCCUCCUAUCUCAUUCACACCCCACCCCCUCUCCCUGUCUCUAAGCCUCUCCCCCAGUAGUCAGUGCAAGGGAUUUCUCAUUCUGGAUACAUUUAUUUCCUGCUUUAGAGGAGUCACCUAGAGAUCUGGAGCAUGGAGGGGCAGUGGAGUGGGCAUGGCCACUAGCAGAGAACAGGUUGGCGUUCUGCAUCAGGCUUGUACCAGGGGCCCCCUGUUCCCCUAGGCGCUGUGGAGCUGGAAUCGGAGGGGAGCUUUGCUGCUGAUUGGUACCAUUGAACCAUUGACGAGAGAAGGGCUGAAAAUGACAGAAGAAAGCUCAGAGGUUCCCAGAGAACUGAUAGAAAGCAUUAGGGAUGUCAUUGGGAGGAAAAUUAAGAUUGCAGUUCGGAAGAAAGUCAAACUUGAAGUCAAGGGAGAUAAAGUCGAAAACAAAGUGCUGGUCCUUGCAUCAUGCAGAGCAUUUAUUCUGACAGCACGGGUUCCCACCAAGCUUGAGUUAACAUUCAGUUAUUUGGAAAUUCAAGGAAUUAUUUGCAGUAAACCUGGACACUUGGUUGUGGAAACGGAAAAAUGCAACUUAUCAAUGAAGAUGGGCUCUUCGGAAGAUGUAAACGAAGUGUUGGCGCAUAUAGGCACGUGUCUACGAAAAAUAUUCCCUGGCUUGUCACCUGUGAAAAUUAUGAAGAAGGUAACCAUGGAGCCAGCUGACAGGCUAACAAAUCUGCAAGCGCUGUGGGAUAGCCAGACUGUGACAGAAGUUGGCCCAUGUGGAGGCUUUUCUCAGAUGUAUGCAUGUGUCUGUGACUGGCUUGGCCUUCCAUACCGGGAGGAAGUGCAGUGGGAUGUGGACACUAUAUACUUAACACAAGAUACACGUGAGCUGAAUUUGCAAGACUUCAGUCACCUUGACCACAGGGAUCUGAUACCAAUCGUUGCUGCUUUGGAGUACAAUCAAUGGUUUACAAAGUUGUCUUCUAAGGAUUUGAAGCUGUCCGCUGAUGUCUGUGAUCAGAUCCUACGGGUUGUUAGCCGAUCCAAUCGAUUGGAAGAAUUGGUUCUAGAAAAUGCAGGGCUUAGAAUAGAUUUUGCACAGAAACUGUCCAGUGCUUUAGCACAUAACCCAAACUCAGGACUUCACACUAUUAACCUUGCGAACAACCCACUUGAGGAUCGAGGUGUGUCUUGCUUAAGUGUUCAUUUUGCCAAUCUCCCUAAAGGCCUGAAACAUUUAAAUUUAUCAAAAACCUCAUUAUCACCAAAAGGAGUGAACAGCCUCUCUCAGUCACUAAGUGCUAAUCCACUGAUUGCAAGCACACUCACCCACCUUGACCUCUCAGGCAAUGUUCUCCGUGGAGAUGACCUUUCAUACCUGUAUAGCUUUUUAGCACAGCCAAAUGCUAUAAAAUGUCUGGAUUUAUCGAACACAGAAUGUGCUGUUGACAUGGUUUGUGGCGCUCUCCUACGUGGCGGCCUUCAACAUCUUUCUUUGCUGAAUCUCUCCAGGACAUUUUUCUCUCACAGGAAAGGAAAAGAUGUACCCCCAUCCUUCAAACAGUUCUUCAGCAGUUCUUUUGCAUUGAUGCACAUUAACCUUUCUGGUACUAAACUGUCUGCUGAGCCUUUAAAGGCAUUGCUUCUUGGAUUGGCAUGUAACCCUAACCUGAAGGAUGUAUCUCUCGAUCUCAGUAACUGUGAGUUAAGAUCUGGAGGAGCACAAGUUUUGGAAGGCUGCAUAGCAGAGAUUCAUAACAUUUCCAGCCUUGAUAUUUCUGACAAUGGACUAGAAACUGACCUCUCGACUCUCAUUGUCUGGCUCAGUAAAAACAGAUCAAUAAGACACCUGGCUUUGGGGAAGAAUUUUAACAACAUGAAAUCAAAAAAUCUAACACCUGUCCUGGAUAACUUGGUACAUAUGAUACAAGAUGAAGAAUCGCCUUUGCAAUCACUGUCUCUGGCAGAUUCAAAACUGAAGACCGAUGUCACGCUUAUUAUAAAUGCCCUUGGCAGCAAUACAUCAUUAACCAAAGUAGAUAUCAGUGGGAAUGGUAUGGGAGAUAUGGGAGCCAAGAUGUUAGCCAAAGCACUGCAAAUAAAUACCAAGCUAAGAACAGUGAUAUGGGAUAAGAAUAAUAUCACCUCUCAGGGAUUUCAGGAUAUCGCGGUUGCUCUAGAAAAGAACUAUACCCUAAGAUUUAUGCCUAUACCUAUGAAUGAUGCUGCCCAAGCUCUGAAAACGAAUCCAGAAAAAACAGAGGAUGCCCUUCAAAAGAUAGAAAAUUAUUUGCUACGCAAUCAUGAGACGAGAAAGUACCUACAAGAACAGGCCUACCGGCUACAGCAGAGCAUUGUCACUGGCACCACGCAGCAGAUGAUUGACAGAAUUUGUGUCAAAGUUCAAGAUCACUUGAACUCUCUCAGAAACUGUGGUUUAGAUUUUGUCGUGGAAGAUGUCAAAUCAGCAGAAAGACUCAUGCGAGAUGCAAAGAAUUCAAAAACGCUUCUUCCUAAUUUGUAUCACCUUGGUGGUGCUGCAUGGGCUGGAGGCAAUAAUUUACCUAGCCCGAUUCAAGAAACCCUGGAGUCUAUGGCUGGGGAAGUUACAAGAGUUGUGGAUGAACAACUGAAGCAUCUACUUGAAUCCAUGGUUGAUGCAGCUGUGGACCUAUGUCCAAACGUAAUGAAAAAAGCACAUAUCCGUGAAGAUCUGAUCCAGGCCAGCACAGAAAAACUCUCCAUUCCUCGCAAUUUUGUUAAAAAUGUUUUGUUGGAGCAGUCUGGAAUUGACAUUCUUAAUAAAAUAAGUGAAGUCAAACUGACAGUAGCCUCUUUCCUUUCUGAUCGCAUUGUCGAUGAAAUCUUAGAUGCACUCUCAAUCAGCCAUCACAAACUGGCAGAUCAUUUAACUAAGCGUGGAAAGCCUCUUCAACACCAAGAGUCCUUGGAGAUUGAGACCAUUGAAGAGAAGUCUACUAAAAGAACCACCAUCACAAUCGAGGACCUAACUGAGAUGGAGCGUUUAGAAGAUUUAGACACCUGCAUGACUCUCUGCUGUAGAAGUAUGACUCCCAAGUCCAAGAGAAAGAGUAUUCACAGCAGAAUGUUGCGCCCCGUAUCCAGAGCUUUUGAAAUGGAGUUUGACUUGGAUAAAGCACUUGAGGAUGUUCCAAUACACAUCGAGGACCCCCCAUAUCCCACUGGCAAGCAGGAGAAGAGGACAUCUCAUGUCAUUGCAGAGCUGCCAUCUGAAGAAGCAAAAAAACUAGAGCACUAUACCAAACUAAGACCAAAAAGGAUGAAAAAGCAGCAACCUAGCAAAGCAAAUCAACUUGGUGCAGAAGCAUCCUUGGAUGUGGAACAGAAUGGCCUCACGUCUAGAGUAGAUGAAGGCGUUGAUGAAUUCUUCAGCAAGAAAGUGACCAGAAUGGAAUCAAAAAAAUCUUCCUUCAAGAAUGGGGAUCCUCAAGACAUUGGUGAUGGUGAUGAGAAGAAGAGACGGGACUCUAGAAAGAGUGGGUUUCUGAAUUUAAUAAAAUCCAGAAGCAAAUCUGAUCGCCCUCAGACUGUUACAGUGAAUGAAGAGCCCUCUUCACCUAGGCCAUCUAUUAAAAGCCCUGCACCAGAUGCUGUAAAAAAAGAAAAAUUGUCUGAAAGUAAUGGGGCUGUUAGUACCAGUACGAGUGCAGGCAGCAGCACUGAGCGAUUAGAAGAGGUCAAAACACCAGACUCUUUAGAGGAGAAUCUACAAAGUGAAGAUGGUGCAAAGGCCGAGAAAAGUGACACCAAAAGUAGCCCCCAGUCUGGAAGGAGGCUUGGUGUCCAAGUCAUGGGAAGUGGUCUGUUAGCUGAGAUGAAAGCUAAACAGGAAAGAAGAGCAGCGAAGAAAUUUGGAAAUGAUGCAUCAGGCAAAGAUCCAUCUGAUGGCAUAGGCACUACAGAGAAAAUGGAUGGGAGUGGAGCAGUUCCCAAACACCAGCCAGUGAGUGCUGAGAGCAGAUUCCCUCUAACUAGAGGAGAAUCCUCACCAGAAAAAAAUUUAAAAUGUGAGUUGAAGUCAGAAGCCAGUGUACGAUCUAAGGGUUCUACCAGUGGGACACCCACAAGUCCUAAACCACCCCUUCAAUCUUCAAAGCCUUCUCUAACUGCCCGCCCUACUGUGCCCCAGAAGCCCCGAAGCAGUUCACGUACUGAAGAUGUACCGGAGUCACCAUCUGGGUCUUGUUCUCCAAAAUCUGCCCUUAUCCCAUCAAUGAUGAAAAGGGUUCCAUCAGAGAAGGAGCGAGAUGGACAGAGCAGCCCGCUGCCUGCAGCCAAACCAAGGUUGGAUGAAGCACGACCAGCUUCCAUGUCUGAUUCUUCACCAAAAAGGUGCCGUGGUCAGACUUCUGUAGAAGGACCAGAUGUAAAAUCAAAACCUUCAAAUAAAGACAGUCAUCAAAGAAGCAAAUCAAGCGACUCCGGAGAGGAAGUGGACAAAGAAUUUGUUUUUAUUUAAAACGUCUGAUAGCAAGAUUGAAUCUACUUGUAAAUCCAUUUCAUUGAAUUUUUACUUUAUAGCCAACCUCUGAUUGAUAGAAUUGCCUUUGUUUUAGAAAUAAUCCCAUAUUCACUUUUGCAAUCUUUGCUAAAACCUA